GAACCAAUGUUCACCGGCUGACGCGCCCGUUCCGGCGCGUGGGGAAGCCUGGCUUCGGCCACUCAGUACUUGCCGCUGCCGUGGGCGCGGGAUGGCAGGCGUGGAGCUGUUCUCGCACCCCGCGCUUCACACGCGCUACCGAGCUGGGCUCUGCUCCACCGCCGUGCUGGCGCUGCUGCUCAUCGCCGUGCUCACCUACGUGCCGCCGUUGCUGGUGGCCUACAGGAGCCACGGUUUCUGGCUGAAGCAGAAUGCGUACCGAGAGCAGCCGACGGUUCGGUUCCGGUACGAGGUGCUUUUCGUGGCCACCACCGGGCCUGGCCCGGGUAGCUUCCUGGCGUGGAGCACGUUCCCAGCUUUCAACCGUCUCCAGGAGGACCGACUGCGCGUCCCGCUCCUGUCGACUAGAGAAGAAGACAAAAAUCAAGAUGGCAAAAUGGAUCAGUUGCAUUUUAAAUUGGAGCUUCCGCUACGACCUACAGAGCAUGUAGUUGGUGUUCAGCUAAUUUUGAUCUUUUCCUACCACCUUUAUAGGAUGUCGACAUUCGUGAUGCAAAGCAUGGCUUUUCUUCAGUUUUUUUCUCCUGUACCGGGAUCUCAGCUCUAUGCGAAUGGAGACCUGAAACUGAACCAGAGGCAAUUACUUAACCAUUGUGGGCUAGAUACCAGAUACAAUGUGUCUGUGGUCAAUGGCACAAGCCCUUUUGCAAGUGACUAUGAUCUAAAAAACAUCAUUGCAGCGUAUCGAGAUAGAAAUGUGACGACAGUAUUUUCAGAUCCUAACCCCAUUUGGAUGACUGGAAGAGCAGCAAAUACGCCAUUUAUCGUUAAUGCCACUAUUCAUUACCCAGUGGAAGUUAUCUUAUAUCAGCCAGGAUUUUGGGAAAUGAUUAAAUUUGCCUGGAUCCAGUAUGUCAGCAUUCUCCUCAUCUUUCUUUGGGUGUUUGGUAGGAUUAAAAUGUUUGUGUUCCAGAAUCAGGUGUUUGCUACGACUCCAGUUUCGCCAAUUCUGCCAUUGUCUCCGGUAUUGUCCUACAAACAGCAUCAGUCCUGAGGAAAUGCCUGAAAACUUAAGAAAUGUGGUUUAAAAAUAAGUACCUGCUUUUUUUUCCUCUGUACAUUUUCCUUUUUCUUUAGAAGAUCAGAACCUUGUAAGUAUAUUCUGAGUAUGUUCUGUUCUUACUACAUCUUGUGAAUGCUACGUCUUGUCAUGAAAGGAUGUCAUUUUCUUUUUUUGAAGAUGUGCGUGUCUCUGUAUUUCUGUAGGAACUUUGGGACUGAAGUGUUUAAUUUUGAACAGUUAAAGAAGAACUUGGUUUUUGGUGGGUUUUGGUUGUUUUUUUUUUUUUCUCCAACAUGAUCGCACUUCAAAAAACAAAACAACAACAAAAACCAAACCCCAAACCAGAAUUCAGUGAGCUGCUUUUGAAUGACCUAAAUUUUGUUAAACCACAAAGACUGAAAAUAAUAUGACAACCAUCAUAAUAUGAGCUACUUGUACUGUGUUUUUAAUCAAUUCGUUAUUGCGUUAGGAUUCAGCUAAGGGCUACUUAUAUAUCCACUUGUGUGCUAUAAAAGGGAAAAAUAUAUCUAUCAUCUAUGGGGGAUGAGACUGUCACUCUUUUUUUUUUUUUUUUCCCCACGUUUCUGUAACCGUGGUUAUAAGUGUCCACUGACUUUGUUAUUAAAUUUGUUGAUGGAAAAAUUAAGGCAGAUUUGAGAAGCUGGGUUCUAGGUGAUGGUAUCUGCAAAAUUUGUACAGUCAUUUACUAUUGGCAAUAUUACUGUAAGCUAUUGGGAACAUUAAAACACAGAAGCAUAGCGUCUCACAAAGAAAACGUUAACAGACUACCAAAGAAACUUCAGAGUUCCAAAGCAAAUGAAUAAUUAUUUUCAGAAUGUAUAUGAUAAUUCAGAAUAGAGUAAUUCCUGCUGAAAACUGGAAGACUGUUCCUCAUUCUUGGAGGCAGGUGGGAAGGAUGACUUAAGCCCAGAAAGAGAAAACAGGCAAAUUUUUUUGUUUGUUUUCCUUUGGGGCUUAUGUUUCUGAAUUUGUUACUAUUCAAUUCUAGCAAAGCAGUUUUAUGGCAGGGGGAUUCUAAAACAUUUCUGGGUAUUAUUUAAUAAAAUUCUCUUGAACCAUGGUGUAGCUAAUAAAGGUGAAAGAAUAAUUUGCAGAGAA